AUGAAACGGCUCAUUUUGUCGAAGCUGGCGGAAAUGACGAAAGAACGUGGCCAGCACCUGGCAGUUCUGCAGCCGAGUGCCCCGUCAAAAAACACACAGAGAGACUCGCGCGUUCUACGCAGAGACCGUGGCCUUCGAAGAGGUUGGAAACGGAACGAAAUCGUCCUUGGGACUUUUUCCGACCAUCUGGGCGAAGAAUAAAGAGGCAAAAACCGUGCGCCAAAAAAAAACUUCUCCCGCGCCGCGCCGUUUCACCAUCCUCCAAUUUUUUCGUUUCAGUUACUUUCUGCGCUUUCAUUUCAUCGAAGCGUUCUUUUUGCGUUUCAUCAUGCUUUUGGUCAUGUAUUGGCAGGGAACCAGAAGGCGUGGCUUCAUCAAAUUUUAGUUUUCUAAGUCUGUGGGUCCACUGCAGUUCUUUCCGACUUCCAACUCUCAAAUAUUUUCGAAAACCUAUUUUUAAUAAUUCACAAAAAUUAUAAAUUCUUAUAGUUUUUUUUGUUUAAAGUUUAAUCUGUAAAGUAAUCAAAAACAAAAUAGUUCAGAGAACUUUUUUGUAAAUUGACAUCAGUUAUCAAAAUUACGAUUUAUUACUGGUGGAAAAAUCUAGUAUCCCGUAAUUAUUUGGUGGGAAAAUGAUGAUAAAUCAUACCCUGUUUAAACAAUGUUUCGUGGCGUUAAAGCAGUUUCAAAUUUUCAUUACUGGGUUCUAUCAUGCAACUUCAUCUAUUUAUUAACACGUUCUCAUGACAUUUUCAAAGUUUUCAAAUCUGAUAAUGUUUUUUUUGUGUAGAUUACUGUUUCUAAUUAGCCAGCAAAUCUAGUGAUUGCUAAUUCUCGGGCGAGAAAAUGGUGACCAAUGAUAUCUCAUGCAAUCUUAUAACUAAGUUAAAGUUUUCAACUCCUGUUCCCAGGUUUUUCUGAUUAAGUUUCGAAAACCUAUUAGAGGUGUUCUCAGAAUUUUUCGAAGUAUCAGAUCAAAGUUUUUUGUGAUGGGUUCUCCAGAAGCGUGUAAUUGGGGCGUGGCUACUUUGGCUGAAGGCUAUUUAUGCUGAGAUAUCUUGUAACUUUGCGCAUUCUAUUGAACCAGAAGAAUUUCUAGAAGACUUUCUAUUUUCCUGUGUUCAAGGGUUUCGCAACUUCCUUUUUCGCAAAGUUUUUGUUUUGCUUCUACUUUAGUGUUCUUCUGUGUCAGCAUCCCGUUAUCACUUGCUUAUAAGUAUUUGUUCCAAGCGUUCUGUUUUCAGUUUUUCGUGUCGUUUGAUGAGAGGAUUUUGAUAAAUGCUGCCAAGAAAUCCCUACCCACCUGGCUUCGAAGGCUUCCAAGGAGGUAUAUAUUCAGAUAAUUAUAUAUGAUUUUUUUUUCAUUUUCCCACGCGCUUUUUAGCUUUUUGUUUUUGCUGUUUCAUGAAGGCUCUUAAUGCGGUGCCUGGCACGGCACUGGGUGUUACAAAAACAUUUUUGCUGCGUUCGCCUCGCUCCCUUCCAAAGACCAAAACUCCUUGACCUCGCUCCGCCCAAACCAACUAAAAUGAUAUCUCCUAAAUUGUUUGCUUGAUGCGGCGCAAGUUCCAUUCGACGAACUUUGUCUUUGAUUAUAAAAUAUGACUGAUAAGGCUUGAUAAUCACAAUUAAGACAUUUUGAAAUAAACUAAUAACGAUAUUGAAUUAUAUUUUUUUCAUAGUUUUUAAAUAAAUUAAAAGUUUCUAUAUAAAAAAAUGAAGUAUUUUUUUAAUAACUUUCAUUUACUGAAUAAAAAAACUUGAUAUGCUAAAGCUGAAGUCUCUUUAUUGAACUUUUUGAUAAACUUUUCAAUAUGAAAAACAAGCUAAAUAUUUUUUUUUCUGUUACUCUUGCUUCUUUAUAAGUUCAGAACCAGCAUCAGUUUUAUCAUGAAACGCCUAAGAAAGGAUUUUUUCGAGGUUAUCACGAAAAGGAAACGAAACCUUAUCAAUUACUAAUAGCAGAUAUUGGACCAUCCCAAAUGUAUUAAGUUCCUUUUUUAAUUUUGGGAGAACUUAAAGCAGAAAAUCUUGCGAGCAAUACAAAAUAGUUCUAGCAACUGAGCUCUGGCUUUCGUACAAUGAGCUAGGUCAGAGAAAUUCCCAUUCCAUAAAUGGCUGUGAAUCUUGGUCUAGGAACUCUAGUGAUCAUCACGAGCUGAGCAAAAGAAGCAGUCGAUCCCUCUUUCUUUGCGAAAAAAAAAUCAUGAUGAAAAAAAAAGGACUGGCGAUUUGCCGCACGACGAAAUUGAAGAGAAGGGGGCAUAAAGAACGUAGGAAGAACGGCUGAUAUUUGCAAGACGACGAGGCAGAAAGAGCCGCAGGACGAGAGAUUUGGGAAGGAGAGAGGGUGCCAGAGUGGUACCGGCAGAGUCGCUGCCUGGUACGGGUGA